AUAAACAGAAUCGUUCCGAGUGAUCUACGUGUCUAAGGAAAAUAAUCACACUACCACUCACAUCCAGCUAGGAUUUCGAGCAUUCGAUGUUUGCCCUUCCCCCGAAAUAAUAUUUAGUAGAGGAGGAAUAAUUAGGAAAUUGGAAAAUCUUGAAAAAGUACGGGUGACUGUUGACAAACAUUUGAGUUAUCAUUUUACAUUUGUGAUUGUUGUGAAAAAAAAUGGAUUCGACUAUAAGACGCAAGCAUAUGGUGUCGUUCCUUCAAGCCAGAGAUCCAAGUUUGUUGGCCUGGAACGUGCACGACUUGGAUAAAGUGAGGAAGGAUUUACGGAACGGCUUGUUCGAAGACACUGACGUAUCGGAGCCCGAGAGCGAGCCCGAAAAGGAUGAUUUUUUGAAAGUAUUUUUACGGAUCAAGUCACAGGUAAAGUUUGAUAAAUUAUAUGAUGUCAAAGGAGAUACUCUAAUUUCAAAAAUACCGGAAGACAGUCAAGUCAUGAGGAAUGCUAAAGUGGGUGAAUCCAUAACCAAGAAAUACUCUUUUUCAAAAAUAUUAGGACCAGAAUGUACACAAUCGGAAAUGUUUAACAAGAUUGUCAAACCAAAGGUUUUACAAUUCAUUAAUGGCAAGAACAGUACAGUCAUGUCUUAUGGAGCUUCUGGAGCUGGCAAAACUUAUACAAUUGUCGGUACAGAGAACCAACCAGGUUUGAUACCAAGGUCCUUGGAGUAUGUGUUCAGGUCACUUCCCCAAAUAUCUAACAUAAAAGUUAAACCAAAUCCAAAUGGUAGUCUCACAGUAUUAAAUAAGUAUACAGUAAAAGAUGAAAGGAAAAAAUUACAUAAUUUGCUGUCGUCCUCACAUCUUAUGUUAGACAAAGAAGCACACGCAAGAGUUUACAGGAAGAUGCAGGAACGCCUCAGUGGCGAGGGAGUCGCUACGGUUAAUUCCUCAGAUGUGUCCGUCAGCGUUUGGGUGUCGUUCGCCGAGAUUUACAAUGAAAAAGUCUAUGACUUACUAGUGGGACCGCCGGCCCGCGGCAAGAUGCGUCCCCAACUACGUUUGGCUUCUGCGCACGGUCGCACGUACAUCAAGGAUCUGGUCGCCAUCGGCGUCAUCUCAGGCCUCGAAGCUUAUCAGGUAUUGCAGUACGGCUUGAACAACCUGAAGUACGCCGCCACUUCGGUCAAUUCAAAUUCGAGUCGAUCGCACGCUAUAUUUACGAUCAAAAUAGCUCAAAGUAUCGGCAAUAUGAUGGGCGUUUCAUAUUUUAAUUUUUGUGAUCUGGCUGGUGCUGAACGGUUGAAGAAAACGAGGAACGUGGGAGAAAGGCUCAAAGAGUCCAACAACAUUAACACGUCGUUAAUGGUGUUGUCAAAAUGCAUAAACAUGAUCAGACAGUCGCAGAAACAGGCCAACGACAAAUUGGUGGUACCGUUUCGCGAGUCCAAACUCACUCAGCUCUUCCAGAAGGCUCUGGCCGGACAUGAGAACAUUUGUAUGAUAGUGAAUAUCAACCCGUGUUUGAAGAUGUUCGACGAAACGCAUCACGUACUUAACUUCUCUGCGGUGAUGAAGGAAAUCAUCGUUGACGAGAAACCGACGAACCCAAUGGGGAUAAAAAAACUGAAUCGCUUCUCUGCCUUUAUCCAAGGCAGAUCCACCUCUAUACCAUCUGUACCCGAAAUUGAAGAACAUGACGAGGGUAAAGAACUACCGGAGAUCGAAACGGUGGAAGGUUUGAAACGGGCCAUGAAUGAUAUGUAUGAACAAUUUAUGACCGAAAAGGCGCAAUGGGAGUCGGCCUAUUUAGAGGAGAAGCAACAAAUUAAGGAGAGGUACAACAAAGUUAUUAACGAGAUCGAGUCAAACUACAACAAAAGACUGCGAGACGCGGACGCAGAAUGUAAACGAAAAGUGCUCGAGGAGAGGGAGUUUUGGCAGAAUAUUUCGGCGCAGAACAGCGAACAUGAGGCCAAAAGAUUGAAGCAAUACGAUUAUAUCGUGCUGAGUGACGAGGAAGAUGACGACGCCGAUGAUGGCAGAGAUUUUACGAAGUACCAACUGGAGCAGAUGGAAAUGAGCAAACAAUUGGAGGACCAGAAAAAGGAAAUCGAGGAAUUAAAGCUGACGUUAUACGACGCGGAGAAGGAAUACACGAAACUGUUGGCUACCACGACCAACCAAAAAAAAAUUAUUAUUGAACUUCAAGAAGCGCUACACGAACACGAAGCGGCGCUAUUUAACAACAUUAGAGACACUCCGGAGCAACAGGACUUCAUCGAGGAAAACGUCUCGGAAGAAGUGGAGACUGAAGAAAAAGUUGAGCACCCUAUGGAAAAACAAUGUGGUACAACACCGGACAAUAAAUCUUUGGAUUUGGAAUCUGCGAUAGACGAUAAUAAAGAGAAUUUAUCGGAGUGCUUGAACGUGACCCCAAAGACUUUAUUGGAAAACAAAGUGCAGACACAAGAAAAGUCUUUGUUUGAGGAACAAGUCCUGUCUAAUUAGAAUUUUAAUUUGUACAUUGUUUUUUAUUUAUUAUUUGUAUAAUUUAUAUUUUUAUUUUAUUAUUAAUUAAUAUAUAAAUGACGUCAUA